UGAUUUUUUCUCUUAUAUUGUUUCGACCAGGCUUGAUUUGAUAUUGACACUUAUCGCUACCAAAUUAUUGAUAGGAAUAGGACCACACUAGUAAAACACCAUACAUACGUCUCUUCCUCAAUCCUAUCACAUGGCCAUGUAAAUGCAAAAUCAUCCUCUUCUUCUUCUUGUUCGAUUAAUUUCUUGAAUCAUGUUACAUCUCUUCAUAUCAAUCAUCCUAUCCUCCACAAUCCUAGCCCAAUCCUCCCACAACAACCACAAGCCCGGCCCCGAAAUCACCCUCAAAAAGAGCCUCUCCUUCCCCACCUUCGGCCCGAACAACAUCAACCAAGACAUCACCCUCUUAGGCAGCGCCGCCAUCCCUCCCCAAGCGGGCUGCAUCCAAAUCCCCGACCCCGAAAACCCCCACUCCUCCGCGGGCCGGGCCAUCUACGCCUCCCCCGUCCGCCUCUUCGACCCGAGCUCCUGCCUCCCGGCCUCCUUCGAGACCACCUUCUCCUUCCGCAUCCGGGGCCCCACGUCCGGGGGCCUGAGCUUCGUCAUCGCUCCGGACGAGCUCACCACGGGCCGGCCCGGCCCGUGGCUCGGCAUGCUCAACGACGCGUGCGAGGACGACCUCAAGGUCGUCGCCGUCGAGCUUGACACCCGCAUGAACCCCGAGUUCGGCGACCCGAGCGACAACCACGUCGGCGUCAACCUCGGCAGCAUCGUCUCCGCCGCCUCCGCCAACGCCUCCUCCGCCUUUGGCGUCCGCCUCAACGACGGCGAGCUCCACCGGGCCUCGAUAACCUACGACGGAACCAACAAGUCCUUGUCCAUUUUCAUCGGGCCGGGCUUGUCCGAUGAAAAAGCCCGGCCCGAAAACACAGUAUUUUUCAACAACAUUGAUCUCUCACCUUAUUUGAACGAAUACAUGUUUAUAGGAUUCUCCGGCUCCACCGGCGACGACAGCCACCCUCAAAUCCACAGUGUUUGCUCUUGGAACUUCAGCUCCGCCACCCGGGCUCGCCUCCGGGUCCCCUCGCCGGAGAGCUGCGCGAGCAAGAUAAUGGUCGGAGACGACGGCAACAUUCCGAGCAAAACCCCGAGCAGUUUCUAUAUCUUCGUCGCCGCCGUUGCUCUCGUGCUGAUGAUCAUGAUCAGCUUGUUCUUCAAUCGAAAAAAGGGGGAGAGUUACGAAUUCUCGGACGAGAUGGCGGUCGUAGGCAAGGAAAAGAAGCGGCCCGUACCUCCGAACCGGGCCCGGAAGUUCAGCCUUGCUGAGAUUCACUCAGCCACAAGAAGAUUUGGUGAAUCCCAAGUUCUUGGCAGUGAUAGGAAUAGUGUUACUUAUAAAGGGAGCUUGUUGAAUGGAUCCAAUGUGGUGGUGAAGCGGUUUUCGAGGGAGGUUGUAAUCCCGGUUCGUCGGAGAAUGAUGGAGGAAGUUAAAACGAUAGGUAAAAUCAGGCAUCCGAAUAUAGUUCCUGUAAGGGGAUGGUGCUUUGAUAAUCAAGAAACUAUAGUAUUAUACGAGUUUAUCGGAAAUGGGAGUCUGGACAAGUGGUUGUUUGGGUUCGGGGUAGUGCCUUGGACGCGGCGAUUCAAGGUGGUUAAGGCUAGUAGUGUGUUCAUUGAUGUGAGCUUUAGGGCAGUAUUAGGGGACUUCGGGUUCGUGUUGUCGCUGGGUGAGGCGUCGGCUCGGUUCGAGGCGAUGGUUAGCCAGAAAGUGGAUAUUUUUGAGUUUGGGGUUCUGAUGAUGGAGGCUGUGUCGGGUCGGGGCAGGGAGACCGGGUUGCUGGAUUUGGCGUGGGCGUUGCAUGAGAGCGGCGAGAAGGCCAAGCUAGUGGAUCGGAGCGUCAACCCGGAUCAAGCGGUUCGGGUCAUGGAUGUCGGGUUGAUGUGCACGUUGAAUGAGAAUAGAGGGAGGCCGAGCAUGGAGGAAGUGGUGGGGUAUUUGAAUUCGGAGACACCGUUGCCCGACCUGCCUACCACCCGACCCGUUUCACUCUUCCCCUACAGCAGCACUACAGGGUUAUGCAGUGCCUACUCUUGUGCUUCAUUCAAAUAACGUCUCAUAAUAUUUUUGUAUACAAAUACUCCUAUGUGAAAUCCAAUUUUUACGAAUAAUACUAAGCUAUAGCUA